CCGGAUAAUGUCGACCAUGCGUGACGCCUGGAUUACGGAAUAUGAAUCAUUGCAACAGACGUGCGUAUCAAUACGUGAGAAAAUCAACGAGCGAAAUCAAGUGAGAAUAAGUGGCGGCGACUCUUCAAAGCUCAACUCCUCAAUACGGAUAAUGAUCAACGGCUACUCUCGCAGUCUUGACAAGUUGAAGUCAUCCUUAGCAAGGGACACUUCAUCGUUUAAAAUCACUAAAGGAGAGGUUACACGUCGUGAAAAUCUUGUUGACAAUAUGACUGCAAAAGAAGGUCAACUGAACAAAGCAUUCAAAGAGGAGCCGAGUGCAAGGAGUGCGACCAGCCGAGAUGCUCUGAUCGGCUCUCAACCGAUCGGUGUCAACACAAAUCCUUGGUUGGAUACUGAACACGAAGAAACUCGAGGUCUUACCAACACCGAAUUGAUGCAAACACACCAGGAAGUUAUACGACAGCAAGACGAGGGGCUGGACGAGUUAGCAAAAGCCAUGCAGCGCCAGAAACACAUCGGGUUGACAAUGCAUGACGAAAUAGAAAGACAGGAUGAGAUUCUUGACGAUUUGCAUGAUAAUGUUGGACGAACAACGGCUCGUAUUGAAAGGGAGACGAGGCAUGUGGAGAAGAUCAGAGUGAAGGCAUCAGAUAAGGGAUUGUGCUGUGCUGUAACGUUGCUGUUCCUCCUCAUCGUUGUCCUGAUGUGCAUCCCAAAACAGUAACACUAACUUUCAAUUUGUAUAUGUACUGCAGUACCUAUAGACUCUAUGUGUAACACAUACCUUACCUACAAAAAUAAAUACUCCAAUCAAUUAUGAAUAG